AUGAACGAUAGAAUGGAAAAAGAGCUGUACAAGAACCCGACAAAUCAAAGUGGCCGGAGACUCCCACCUGUUGAGGAGGCGCUCGCAAAAUUGACCACUAAUUUUUUUAAAGUACACUCCAGGCAGUGCAUGGAUGAGGCUGAACUUGCGGAACAUGUUGUUGGUCUAACAUGCAGCCUGUCAUCCUGCCAAUUUAGAAAGAAGUUAACGAGACUGGAUGUAAAUGCUAAUGGAUCCCUUAUCCCGAAGGACUGCCUUGACCGAAAUUUAAUUAAAAAGAGCCCAUGGUUAAAAGCUUUGGUAGCUAUCCCUAAAGUACAGCCACGAUUUGCUAUUGCUAUAUGGAAGAAGUACCCUACCAUGAAAUCUCUUUUGAGUAUUUACAUGGACCCAAAUAUAUCAGUUCAUGAAAAGGAAUUUCUGCUGAAGGACUUGACAACCGAAGGUUUACUUGGUGAUGAUAGAAGAUUAGGUGAAGUUUGUUCCAAGAGAGUGUACAGAAUACUUAUGGCACAAAGUGGAUGCAUCAAAACUGAUGAUGUCGAGGAUGGUGCUGAUUUCUUCAGUCGUUAA